AUGGAGGACGCGCAUAAGAUCUCGGUGACGAUUUGCGGCGAUGGCGGAUGUGGGAAAUCGUCCAUAACCCUCCGUCUGGUGCGCAGCCAAUGGACGCAUGAAUACGACCCGACCAUCGAGGACUCAUACUCGGUCACGCGCACCAUCGACGGCACGACCUACUCCCUCUCCAUCACCGACACGGCGGGUCAGGAGGAAUACCGCGGGCUCUGGUCCAAUGCCAACCUCAACUCCGACGCCUUCCUCCUCGUCUACGACAUCACGCAGGGCAGCACGCUGGACUCGCUGCAGUAUUUCAAUCAAUUGAUCGACCAGCAACGCGACCAUCGCAUGGAUCAGGGCCAGAUCUUGCCCGUGUGUCUGGUGGCGGGUAACAAGUGUGAUUUGCAGAGUAUGCGACAGGUGGGCGCGAGGGAUGGUCUGGAUUGGGCGCGCUCAAGAGGCUUUGGAUUCAUGGAGACGAGUGCGCGGGAAAUGGUCAACAUUGAGGAGACGUUUGCCUUACUCGUCCGACGCGUCGUGGCAGCUCGACGACAACAUCUCGAAGGCAUCAAACCCAACCUCCCCAACUUCACCUCCAAGACCCGUCCUCUCGAACCUCUGGCUUCACCCAACAACGAAAAGACGACGCCUCUGUCCCCGCAAUGGGAUGUCGACCCGGAACCUCUGCGAACGCGCUGGUGGCAUAAAUUCAAGUGCUGGGAUAAAUCAUCCUGA